GUUCCUGGAACUGCUGUCCUGUUGUUCCUUUACCGCGGACUUUUAAUUCCUCCACGGAUUCCCUGAAGGUCUGUGCUGGGGCGAGAGAGAAAGCGGCCACGUGGACCCUGGGGGGGUGCAGGACCGGCGACCCUGAGGAGGUGUUGGCCAGAACAUGCAGGUGGUCGUCCCGCAGGAGUCAGUGUUGUUUGAAGACGUGGCUGUGGACUUUACCUGGGAGGAGUGGCAGGACCUGGACCAUGCUCAGAGGACCCUGUACAGGGAGGUGAUGCUGGAGACCUACAGCAGCCUGGUGUCCUUGGGCAAAUGCGUCACCAAACCUGAGCUGAUCUUCAAGCUGGAGCAAGGAGCAGAGCCAUGGAUUGGAGAAGAACCCGCAAGCCAGAGCCCACCAGAUGUCGAGAAGGUGGCUGUCAUAAUUGAGACCAGUGAGGAAAGUCAAGACAGACGUUUGUGGCAAGCUGGAAUCACUAUGAAUAACAUACCAUCUAAGGACCGAGUUAUAUUAGGACAUGCCAUUCACUUGAGUUCCAGCCAUAUUUCAAAUCUGAUUAUAAAGAAUGCAGGCUCUUUAGGAGUGAAGCCCAAGGAGAUGAGUGAAUGUCAGAAUAGAUAUCGCCCUAGUAAGCCUGAUGGGAUGUAUGCUGGUGAGAAACCCUAUCAGUGUAAUCAGUGUGGAAAAUACUUUGUCAAGAAGUCACACCUUACCCAGCAUCAGAUAUUUCACAGUGUGAAGAAGCCCUAUCAGUGUAAUCAGUGUGGAAUAGCCUUUCACAGGAAGUCAUAUCUCACCAAGCAUGAGAUACUUCACACUGGGGAGAAGCCCUAUAAGUGCACUCAGUGUGGUAAAACCUUUGCCAGACAGUCAUACCUCACCAUGCAUGAGAUUAUUCACACUGGAGAGAAGCCCUAUAAGUGUAUUCAGUGUAAUAAAACCUUUAUCUCAAAGUCAAAACUCACAACGCAUGCGAUGAGUCACACCGGAGAGAAGCCCUAUCGGUGUAGUCAGUGUGGAAAAUCCUUUCACUUGAAGUAUAUCCUCAAUAUACAUGAGAUAAUUCACACUGGGGUAAGGGCUUAUCAAUGUAAUGAAUGUGGAAAAACCUUUGGCCGGAAAUCACACCUCACUAGGCAUGAGAUAAUUCACACUGGGGAGAAACCCUAUCAGUGUAGUCAGUGUGGAAAAGCCUUUCACCAGACGUCAGACCUCAUUGGACAUGAGAUAAUUCACACCGGGGAAAGACCCUACCAAUGUAAUGAGUGUGGAAAAACCUUUGUCCGAAAAUCGCACCUCACGGGGCAUGAGAGAAUUCACACUGGGGAGAAGCCCUAUGAAUGUAAUCAAUGUGGAAAAACUUUUCAACGGAAGUCAAUCCUCAUUGGACAUGAAAUGAUUCACAGUGGGAAAAGGCCCUAUCAAUGUAAUCAGUGUGGAAAAACCUUUUGCCAGAAAUCACACCUCACUGAGCAUGAGAAAAUUCACGCUGAGGAGAAGCCCUAUCAGUGUAGUCAGUGUGGAAAAUCCUUUCACCUGAAGUCAGUCCUCAUUGGACAUGAGAAAAUUCACACUGGGGAGAAGCCCUAUAAAUGUAAGGAGUGUGGGAAAGCAUUUUGCUGGAAAUCAAGCCUAACGAUGCAUGAGAGAAUUCACAGUGGAAAGAAGCCCUAUCAGGGUAAUCAGCGUGGAAAAACUUCGGGCUGGAAAUCAAGACUCAGCAGUCAUGAGAUGUGUCACACUUUGGAAAACCCAUACAAGUGCAAUCAGUGUGGUAAAACCUUUUUGGGUCAGUCACGCCUCACCACACAUGAGAGAAUUCACACUGGGGAGAAGCCCUUUAAGUGUAUUGAGUGCCAUAAACCCUUUGUGUCAAAGUUACAACUCACUAGGCAUAAGAUGAUUCACACUGGAGAGAAGCCCUAUCAGUGUAGUCAGUGUGGAAAAACGUUUGGCCGGAAGUCAAACCUCAUCGGGCAUGAGAGAACUCACACUGGAGAGAAGCCCUACCAGUGUAGUCAGUGUGGAAAAACGUUUAGCCGGAAGUCAAACCUCAUUGUGCAUGAGAGAAUUCACACUGGGGAAAAGCCCUAUCAGUGUAAUCAGUGUGGAAAAACCUUUGGCCAGAAGUCAAACCUCAGCAAGCAUGAGAACACUCACAAAAGAGGAGUCUUCUGAAGGUAGAAGAGAUUUCUCAGAAAUCAAACCUCAGAAAACAUCAGCAUAUUCUCACAGUGGGAAAAUCCUGAAUGGAAGAGACUAGCUCUGCCUCCUCUUUCUGUGGCCAGCAGUUCACAGCUGUCUGUAGAGACAAAGACACCAGUGAUGAACAUUCUUUCCAGUCCUAAAUUUAACAGUGACCUUGCAGUCUUACAAGACACGGGUGGGAGCGCUAUGUGUUUUCAGUCACUGUGAUUUUACACAGAAAUGAAGAGAACAGAGUACUUUCCACUACUGGCCUAACACCAUCCAUUUGUUACAUGUGAGAAAUGAAACCUACUCUGUUCAGCCAUUUUAUGUGUAGUCUGUGCAUUUCAGCAAACACAGCCACUAUUGCUUACUCACUUUAUGAAUUUGGGAGGUGUUCCUUACAGACUCAUCCAGUUCAUGUUUAUCUGAAGAUUCAAACAGAAGGAAAACCUGUGUUGUCCUCUUUCAACUCUAAGUCAGGUUUUGGGAGAAUGAAAGAAAUGUGGGGGCCAGGAAGCAGUGCCUCAUAAAUAUACUCCCAACUAUUUGGGAGGUAGAGGGUGGAGGAUUGCGGUUCAAGACUAUCCUGUGCAGAGAGUUAGCGAGACUCCAUCUCAACUAAUAAGCCAGGUGUCACCACAGCUGUACCCAGCUGCAACCCUAGUUUUGUGAUUGGCAUAGGUAGAAGGAUUGUAGUCCAAGCCACCCUGGGUAGAAACUGAGGCCCUAUAUGAAAAAAUAACUGUAAAAAAAGGCUUGGGAUAUCACUCAAGUGGUAAGUAUCUACCUGCCAAGCUUGAGGUCCUGGGUUCACACACAAUUCUGUCCAUAAUGCCCCCGAUUAGAAAUUCCAUCUCCAUCCUGUUUAGAGGAUUAUUUGGGGUGGCUGUCACUUUCUUCUACCGAAAAUUUCUUCCCCACAGAAUCUUAGUAACAGGCCACCAGUAUGCCCAUAAUACAUGGUUGCAUAUGCAGUCUUCAUAGGAGGUCCCAUUUUCAGGGUGGGGUGUAAAUGUCCAUUGUCCCUGAAAUCUUGGUAAUCACUGAAUUUGUGAGCCUGGGGCUGCUCACACUGUUAGGAUCUGUGUUUAUAGGAUACAGAGAAGCUGUGAGCAGUGUGUCCUGAAGGCUUAAAUCUCCAGGUAUUCUGAACAUCCCUGAGCCCAGCCCACAUGAUUGAUAGAAGAAGAAAGUAUUCUUUUUUCCAGUAUGGUGUUUUCUCUGGCUCUGAGUCUGUAGAGGUGGGUCGCUUCUCUUGAUAAUUGAGUCCUGCCUUCUCAAUUUGCCCUGUGUUUGAGUUCUUUUUGAAUAUCUCAAAAUUACAGUGGGUAUACCUUUCUAUAGUAUGCCGCAGAGUGAAUGUUUUUUAUGACCACUGAUAUUGACCUAUUAUUUCACUUAUGAUCUGUGUUGACUUCCUUAACACAU